CCGGUGACGUGUCUGCGCCACAGCCUGGCCUGGGGAAGCGGCGUCGCCUGCGACUUGGCCCGGCGGCGGCACCCGGCGGCCUUGCCCAGCUGAGCUCGCCCGCCCGCCCGCCCGCAUUAUGUUCAACGUGGAGAGCCUGGAGCGCGCCGAGCUCGGGGAGAGUCUGCUCACCUGGAUCCAGACAUUUAAUGUUGAAGCACCAUGCCAAACUGUGGAAGAUUUAACGAAUGGGGUUGUGAUGGCCCAGGUGCUUCAAAAGAUAGAUCCAGCAUACUUUGAUGAAAACUGGUUAAACAGAAUCAAAACAGAAGUAGGAGACAAUUGGAGGCUAAAGAUAAGCAAUUUGAAGAAAAUUUUAAAAGGAAUAUUGGAUUACAAUCAUGAGAUUUUAGGGCAGCAGAUUAAUGACUUUACCCUUCCUGAUGUUAACUUGAUUGGAGAGCACUCAGAUGUUGCAGAGCUUGGAAGAAUGCUUCAGCUCAUUUUGGGAUGUGCUGUGAAUUGUGAGCAGAAGCAAGAAUACAUCCAGACCAUCAUGAUGAUGGAGGAGUCUGUUCAACAUGUUGUCAUGACAGCUAUUCAGGAGUUGAUGAGUAAAGAAUCUCCAGUCUCUGUUGGAAAUGAUGCUUACGUUGACCUUGAUCGUCAGUUGAAGAAAACUACAGAAGAAUUAAAUGAAGCUUUAGCAACAAAAGAAGAAAUUGCUCAGAGGUGCCAUGAAUUAGAUAUGCAGGUUGCAGCACUUCAAGAGGAGAAAAGUAGUUUACUAGCUGAGAACCAGAUCCUGAUGGAACGUUUGAACCAAUCUGAUUCUAUAGAAGAUCCCAACAGCCCUGCAGGGCGUAGGCACCUGCAACUGCAGACACAGUUAGAACAGCUCCAGGAGGAAACAUUUAGGCUAGAGGCAGCCAAAGAUGAUUAUCGAAUACGUUGUGAAGAGUUGGAAAAAGAAAUUGCAGAAUUGCGACAGCAGAAUGAAGAGCUAACCACUUUAGCAGAAGAGGCUCAGUCUUUGAAGGAUGAGAUGGAUGUACUUAGGCAUUCCUCUGAUAAAGUGGCUAAGUUAGAAAGCCAGGUAGAGUCAUACAAAAAGAAGCUGGAAGAUCUUGGUGAUCUGCGGCGGCAAGUAAAACUCUUAGAGGAGAAGAACACUAUGUAUAUGCAAAACACUGUAAGCUUGGAGGAAGAACUAAGGAAAGCCCACGCAGCCCGUAGCCAGCUGGAAACAUACAAGAGACAGGUAGUUGAACUACAAAACAGAUUAUCUGAAGAAUCAAAGAAAGCAGAUAAACUAGAAUUUGAAUACAAAUUGCUGAAAGAAAAAGUAGAUGGCCUCCAAAAAGAAAAAGAUAGGUUAAGAACGGAAAGAGAUUCCCUAAAAGAAACUAUUGAAGAGCUUCGAUGCGUACAAGCACAAGAAGGGCAGCUCACAACUUCAGCAGGAUUGAUGCCACUGGGAAGCCAGGAGUCUUCAGACAGUCUAGCAGCAGAAAUUGUUACUCCUGAAAUCAAGGAGAAACUCAUUCGUCUUCAGCAUGAGAACAAGAUGCUGAAGCUUAACCAAGAAGGUUCCGACAAUGAAAAGAUUGCCUUGUUGCAGAGCCUGCUAGAUGAUGCAAAUCUACGGAAGAAUGAACUGGAGACAGAGAACAGGCUGGUAAAUCAGAGACUUCUGGAGGUGCAAUCACAGGUUGAAGAAUUGCAGAAAUCUUUGCAGGAGCAAGGUUCAAAAGCUGAAGAUGCUAUUUCAGUUCUUCUGAAAAAGAAGCUUGAAGAACAUCUGGAGAAGCUGCAUGAGGCUAACAAUGAAAUACAGAGGAAACGAGCUAUUAUUGAAGAUUUGGAACCAAGAUAUAACAACAGUUCACUCAAAAUUGAAGAAUUACAAGAAGCUUUACGGAAAAAAGAGGAAGAAAUGAAGCAAAUGGAGGAACGAUACAAAAAGUAUUUGGAAAAGGCCAAGAGUGUCAUCCGUACUUUAGAUCCUAAACAAAACCAGGGCACAGCUCCUGAGAUUCAGGCUCUGAAAAAUCAACUACAGGAACGGGACCGAAUGUUUCAUUCGUUAGAGAAAGAAUAUGAGAAAACAAAGACUCAAAGAGAGAUGGAGGAGAAAUUUAUUGUGAGUGCCUGGUACAAUAUGGGAAUGACUCUGCAUAAAAAAGCAGCAGAAGAUAGACUGGCUAGUACAGGCUCCGGACAGUCCUUCCUGGCUAGACAAAGGCAGGCCACCAACACAAGGAGAUCUUACCCUGGUCAUGUCCAACCAGCUACAGCAAGGUGCAGUUUGGCACAAUCUGGUGUGCCUGGAUAUGUGAGCCCAUCACAUCUCAAGAGGCAAAUCCUGACUGAGCCAGAAACACCUCAACCUCAUGUCUACUAACGACACUAAGCCUCUAAAACAAGCAACAAGAGUUGGAAUAUAUAGGCCAGUGGCUGCCACUUUCAGGGAAUUGGAAGGCUUCUCAGCAAUUUUAUUUCAGAUCCUAGCUGGGUGUUGUGGGUCCUUGGCAAUGGAGUUCCUCAAGCAUGAGCAGUUGACAUUUCUUCCCUGUAUGGAACUCAGGAAGGCAAUCGAAGCCUGUUAGUGACUCUGCAGCCAAUACUGGGUGAAAAUAAGAGGAUUUUUUUCCUCAGCUGAAAAAAGAAGGAAGAUACAAGCAUCUGUUCCAAAGUAUAAAACUCCAAGGAGCAGUGUGUUUUUCUUUGUAAGAUUUUCACUGCAAUUUGUGCACCGUAUGAAGUAGAAUACUGAACACCUGGGCUGCUGGCAGUGAUUUAAGUUUGUUUUGAGUUACAGCUGGCUAAAGAAGAAACUCUAGAAAAGGGCUUUUUUCUCAUGAGAGUAAGAUUGUCUUUUUCAGCCAUGCCAACCUCACUUUUUUCCCAUUUGGUGUGAUAGAUCUCUGGAGAUUCACUCUGCAGCCAGCACCAUACCUGAAGAAUUUGAAUGCUUCUCUUGUGUUUCCAUUCAUGACUUUAAUGUUUUCCUUGGAGAUUGAGACAUGAGAGUCAUUUAAAAAAGUAUCCAGUCAUUGAUUUGAACAGAUGGUGACAUUUAACAAAUAACAGUAGACUAGAAAGCCCUCAAAAACUCUGCCAAAAGCAGUAUGCAUUGUUUCCCAAACUGCACGAUCCUAUGGGACAUCAGAUUAACACCUAACAGUGGAUUCAAGGCAAUCUAAUUGUUUGAUAUGAAAAACAGCUGAUGACAAAUGCUCUACAGUCUAGGAGAGAGGCUGACCCUUUUAAAAUGUAGGGGCAUUUUGCCACUGAUCUCAGUGGGGCCAGGUUUUCACUCUCCAUUUGAAGAGAUUAGCUGAGAUAAUGGGGUUGCUCUAAAGUGGUUCUGAGCAUUGGUAGGUGCUAAUGGAGAAUUAGAGAUUGUCUCUGCUGCUGUUCAUUGUGUAUAUGAAGGCACUUGGAGAACUGACAAAAGGAGGCAUACCCUGAAGUACUAUAUGUCAAUACCACAAUUUAAAGUAAACCCCCAUCUCAUGAGAUCACAGGAAUUCUCUCUCAGUGCUGUUCUGUUGCCUCAGAUUUCAAAGUGGGUUUGAGACAGCUGGUUGAAGCACUGUCCAGACAAAAUGAAAGUGUUACUUGUAGGGGAAGAGCUGGGGCAACCAGGAAAUUGUUCGUAUUUGGUUGCAGCCUUAUUUACUGCUAAGUGCUGACGUGUUUUGUAGUUAGGCCUGGGAACAAUUUUUGAACAGAAGCUGAAGGUUACAGUUAGGGAGAAAUAGCUAUUUUCAUCUUCAAAAAAGUGGAAGUUUCAGCCUUUACUUCCAGCUGUGGAUCCUCAUGACAGUGAUCUUUGCUUUUGUGGUGCCAGUUUUAGGGCCACCAUUAAAAACGCACUUACAGAGUGCAGCUACUUCAAAACUCAGGUGAUCUCUCCCUGGAGGAAUCAGUGCUGCCCACAGUUCAGAAACUGCUUAUUAUUCAGCCUUUAUGCUUCCAUGUCUUGCUAAUUUAUCAGCAUUAUGAAAAACCUGUCCUACACUGUCACUGUUAUAAAAUGGCACGGUAACAAAAAUGCCAAAGAUCUGAAUUGCUGUGACAGAAAUAAUUACACAGGGAGCUAGUAAUUGAAAAGAUGAGUAAACUAAAUGUGGCGCUCAUCUUUCAAAAGAAAGCAAGCUCUUGCCUGACAAUUGCUAUCCUGCAAGUGUAACUUGAAUGCCCCAAUGGCAUAAAUUUUAAGAGAACAAAGCGCUGAGAUCAUAGUAGCUCCAUGAUCAAUAAGCAAGCAUGGUUUAAAAGAUAUAAUCACAAAGAAACCAGAUAAUGUAUUUAUGGAAUUACAGUAUUACUAGAUGCAAAGAAAGCAACAGAGUUUCAAUUUAGUUUAACUAGACUUUAGUAAAACAUUUUUUAUAGAUUUUCAUGAACACUUAACUAAACAAUUCUAAUUGGCUUGUGUAUGAGCACUGUCUUUUUAAGCCUAAAACUGAGGGGCUAGUAAGCAAAGAGAAGUGGAUCACUAUUUCUGGAUGAGGGCAGAAGCUGUCCAGUGGAGUUUUAUUGGGAUUGGGGUUGUGUCUGCUUUCAUUUAUCAACUUUAGUGAGAAUCUGGGAUGAGAAGUGAAGAACGCGAUGAGGCAGAAUAUUUAUAAAGUGAUCAAGUAUCUCAAGAUCCUUAGAUUGAAGGAGCUAUGUAAAUGCAAAGUAUUAUCAAUACAUUUGUAGAGAACCAAAUGUGGGGAAGUGUUGGAAACACUGGUGGGGAAGGAGAAACCACUAGAAGUAGGAACAAGGAAGAUGAUGAAAUGGGAUUCAACGUGGAAACAUGCAGGCUAAUAAAUCUGGAAAAAAUAUAUCCAAAGCACAUACUUACUGGAUGCAAAUACUUGGGAAGGACAUAGUGUAGGGGCGAUGGAUGACAAAUUGCAAUGGGACACAGAAGCCAAAAGGGAGAGUAUGCCAUCAGGUCUUCUCAGUUGACACUGCAACCUUUAGUGUCCUCAGCUCUGACAUCAUUCUGAAAAAUAACAUUAUUUUAGCUGUAAAUAGUUCAUCCCACCCACAGAGGAUUUAUCAGAUUUUCGGUGGGCUCUGACCAUUUCCAAUACAGAGUUCUACCCUUUGAAAUAGCCACGACGCUCAGAGUCUUUACCAAAGUUUUGUCCAUGGUAGUAGCUCACGUAAGAUAUUAUGGCCUCCUUGUCUUCCCUUACAGUGAUGACUGAUGCCUCGCUGUCAAAUCUUGCCAUGAAGCCUUUAUGUCAAUCUCUAUGAUGCUCCAUCUCCUUUUCUCACUGGGGGUCACUGUGAAUAUUGAAAAAUCUGUUUUUACCCCUGCGCAAUCUUUGAAUUUCAUCAGGGCAACCUUGAAUUCUCACUAUAAAGGCAUAGUUGCCCACAAACAGGUUCCAGACUAUGAAUGAUAUCAUAGUUCGUGUCAUGAGCAGCCCUAGGGUAAAGGUCAAAAUAUGUCAGUCCCUCCUUGGCCAUGUGGUCUCAUGCAACUUCGUCACUCCAUUUGCAAGACUGCGCCUUCAUUGCCUUCAGAAAUGGCUACAGUCGGUUUGAUCCCCAAGCCACCUUGAACCUCAUGCUGACCGUUCCCAUCAAGGUGCUGUCUUCCCUCCUGUGAUGGACAAAUCCUCAUCACAUAUAUAUAUAGGGGUCCCCUUUCUCCCCUCGUCACCGGACAAGACACUUAUUACGGAUGCAUCUCUACAUAUGGGCAACCACACGACACAGGGAAUGUGGACAUCUCGAAAGUCUAAAAUGAACAUCAAUGUCCUGGAACUAUGGGCGGCACAGAAGGUGUGCGAGUCCCUUUUCCUUUCAUCCACUUUCACAAUGUCCUCAUAAUGUAGACAAAACUACAGUGGUCUUCUACAUCAGCAAACAAGCGAGAUCUGCCUCCCUGUGUACAGAAGCAAUCAAUCUCUGGAACUGGUGCAUCAAGAAUCAGAUCACCCUAUCUGCAGCCUACCUUUCGGGGAUGCAAAAUGUGCUCACAGACUCCCUCAGCAGACACUUCACAAUCGACCAUGAGUGGGAACUUCAUGACACUGUGUUUCACAACAUUUUCACGCAAUGGGGGACCCGAACCAGGCAUCUGUUCACUUCCCAGGUCAACAACAAGUGUGUAACAUGUUGUUCCAGAGGAGCCCUCAGUUACCACUCCUUUCCUGGUCAUACCAGUUCAACUAUGCCUUCCUCCUGCUACCACUUCUGCCACGAAUGCUACUGAAGAACAGACAGGAUAGGGCAACAGUUAUACUGAUCACCCAUUUCUGGCCCAGACAGUUUGGUUCCCCAACCUCCUGUUCCUGUCGCUCACCCCCUCCCCAUUUCCUCUCCCAAUAUUCCUUGUGCUCCUGGGCCAGUGCAAUGGCAGGAUCAGACACUGCAACCGACCAACAGUUCACCUUGGGGCAUGGUAUUUGGAUGGUCAUCAGCCUUAGAAUGGGGAUACUCCUCGACCGUGCGAGACAUUCUCUCUUAUAGCAGAAAGAACUCAACUAAGAAAUAUUACCAGUCUGCUGGAAAUGCUUCUUAUCCUGGACACAGCAUUCUACCAAAAACGAUGGGUAUUCUGCUCAUCUUAGACUAUAUCCUAUCUUUAAAGACAUCAGGCCUGUCCCUCAGUUCCAUGCAAGUCCACUUGGCAGCUGUUAGUGUGUUACAUCCCCCUGUAAAGGGCAACUCUGUUUUCACACACUCACUAACCACUUAAUUCUGGAAAGGCCUGAUGAGAACUUGCCCACCCCCAUUGGAUGUAACCUCCAGUUACAGGUAUGUAACCAUUUCAUCCUCAACUGCUGGAAAUCAUCAUUGCUCCUUCCUUGCUGGAACAAGGACACUUUCCAGCAGCUAAUUAUCUGCCCUUAUAGCUUAGAUUUCUCCGGGCUUCUAAAACGGUGCUGCAAAAACAAGCUGCUGUUGAAAUGAUUGAAAAGUUCCCUGCUGUUGAAAUGUUUCCGAGAAGAAGUUGUUAGUAGAUUCUUGUCUAGUAAUAAAACAUGUGCUAUUCUAGCCAGAAGGGCAAUGGCAUCUCUCCCUCUGUAGGACCAUAGCAUAUUCUGUAAUAUCCUUGGCCAGACUCCCACAAACACCUUGAAGAGUACAUUGUUGUCUCCAUUCUGUUAAUGUGCAUUAGCUGUGUACCUCUAUAUUUCACUUAGUCCAGUUGUACAAGCAGAUUGGCACUAUCUCAUUCUGAUGAGAGUAAAAAACAGGAUUUUCUAUUUAAAGAAGCAAACUCUGAUCUCAGCUUUAACAUUUUAACUUUUUAUGGCAUUACUAAAAUUAAUUGUUCAUUUUAUUAUUUCCAAUCAUCCACACCCCAGUGCGCAUGCUCAUUUAGCAGUGCUUGAGUGGAUAACAAUGCUCCUCGUCCAAGGGAUGUAUUAUUCAAAACACACUUUAUCAGGAUUCUGCUUUGAAUGUGUUCAUUUAAUGCAUGCUUGAUUUUAUUUCACUUGAUUUGUUACAGUCUGUUCUCUCUGUUGUGUUCACUUUCCAACUCUCCUAAAUAAAAAGUAUUCUGGUUAGGAGGAAACAGGUGAGAAGGGAGGUGCACAGUAAGGUCAUUUUGUUGUUACAGAAAUUUGAAAGAGUACACUUGUAUUAUGUGCAACAAACUUGAGUUACUGUAUUCUUUUGGCUUCCGCAGAAUUAAAUCAUCAGCUACAGGACUUGUGCUGUAGUUACAACUUUCAAAAGUAAUGUUUUAACAUUUAGUCAUACAAAUAUUUUCUCUAAUAAAUUCAAUCCAGAUUUUCCUGCCACAAAAAGCAUUAUUAGAAUCAGCUACUGAUCAGAGCAAUUCUUAGAGGGGAAAAAACAAAUUCACAGAGCAUGUCUUCUAUCAGAUUUGAGCAUUUGCUGUUUACAUUGUGCUGGAAUUAUUGAAAAUCAGAAUGAGCGGGCACUAGAAAGAAGUCUCUCUCCUAGUCUGCAUAUUUCUGUAGUAAUAGCUAAAAUUUGCUUUUGAUCAAAAACUUAUUUUACAUCAAAUGGUUAAAGCUUGUUUAAUGUAAAACGAAUGUGACGGGAUGUGCUUGUUAGGCAUCAAACACAGGCUUGCUUUGGUGCAGCUAAUCAAAAACUAAUACUUAAUCAUCAGUGUUUUUAUCUUGUAACUCUAUGUGGAAUUUCUCACAGAUGAGAAUGGAAAUUAUAAGUCCAUUGCCUUUUUCAAUAGUUAAAACAUAUGAUGUGAGAGAGGCACCUUUUUACUUCUGGAAACGGUUUUUUUUACUGACUGUGAUGACAGGCAGCAAGAAUGAGUGAAAGUUGUGGGGGCCAAUUUCAUAACUAUU